CAAGACCGAAGAAGAUUCUCGCCCAGCACGCGUAGCUAGACACGCGCCCGCCGCGAUCCCACCCUCCGCGGAUCCUCCAGUCACGAAGGCCAAAACGCUAAGCCCCGCCCCCUUGGGAAUCCCUCCUCUCGCGGCUGCCGAAGCCCUAAGCCUCGCCCCCUUGAGGAAUUCUCCUACACUUUGUCACUUAGUCGCUUUUCCUAAAGUCCUGACUUUCCCCGAGAUUGCACCCGGAGAGGGCCUGUUUCACUGCUAGCUUGCCACCGCAGUGAUGUCCAAGUAAGACACUAAGGCUACACUACAGGUCAGCGCAGGCAAAGAAACACCCCUUCAACCCUCAGCAGAGGGGAGCCGCAGAAAUGGGGCUUUGUGCCCCGGAAGCGGAAGUGUAUCUUCGCGAAGGGCUGAACUACGCUGAGUGAUGACGUCUCCUCAUUGGGCGGAAGGUUCGGUGGCAGUCGUCGGUAUUCCAGCUGGUGGGAGUUGGCUUAAGGGUGCUGGGCUCUGGGCCCCUAGUUUAUGUAGCUGGGAAGUUGGACUGCGUGGUCUUCCCUGUCCUUCUGCUUCCAGUGUUCCUGGGUUUCCUUCUGCGGCGUGGGGCCUCGCCAAGGACUCGCCGGCCCUGUGGGGCCACGGCUAGAGUGGUGCCUUUUGCGAGUUCUCACAAGUACAUCUUAAAACCUUCAAGAUGGUUCUAGCAGAUCUUGGAAGAAAAAUAACAUCAGCAUUACGCUCACUGAGCAAUGCCACCAUUAUCAAUGAAGAGGUACUAAAUGCUAUGCUGAAGGAAGUGUGUACAGCACUAUUGGAAGCAGAUGUUAAUAUUAAACUAGUGAAGCAGCUGAGAGAAAAUGUUAAGUCUGCGAUUGAUCUUGAGGAGAUGGCGUCCGGUCUGAACAAAAGGAAGAUGAUUCAGCAUGCUGUGUUUAAAGAACUUGUAAAGCUUGUAGACCCUGGAGUUAAAGCAUGGACACCGACUAAGGGAAAGCAAAAUGUGAUCAUGUUUGUUGGAUUGCAAGGGAGUGGUAAAACAACAACGUGUUCAAAGUUAGCAUAUUUUUACCAGAGGAAAGGUUGGAAGACCUGUUUGAUAUGUGCAGAUACAUUCAGAGCAGGAGCUUUUGACCAGCUUAAACAGAACGCCACCAAAGCAAGAAUUCCGUUCUAUGGAAGCUAUACCGAAAUGGAUCCUGUCAUCAUUGCUUCUGAAGGAGUGGAGAAAUUCAAAAAUGAAAAUUUUGAAAUUAUUAUUGUUGAUACAAGUGGUCGUCACAAACAAGAAGACUCCUUGUUUGAAGAAAUGCUUCAAGUUUCUAACGCUAUACAACCUGAUAACAUUGUUUAUGUGAUGGACGCAUCCAUUGGACAGGCUUGUGAGGCCCAGGCAAAGGCCUUCAAAGAUAAAGUAGAUGUAGCUUCAGUAAUAGUGACGAAACUUGAUGGUCAUGCAAAAGGAGGUGGUGCUCUCAGUGCAGUUGCUGCCACAAAAAGUCCAAUUAUUUUCAUUGGUACAGGAGAACAUAUAGAUGACUUUGAACCUUUCAAAACACAACCUUUCAUUAGUAAACUUCUUGGAAUGGGUGACAUUGAAGGACUGAUUGAUAAAGUCAAUGAGUUGAAGUUGGAUGAUAACGAGGCACUUAUAGAGAAGCUGAAGCACGGUCAGUUUACAUUGCGAGACAUGUAUGAACAGUUUCAGAAUAUUAUGAAAAUGGGCCCAUUCAGUCAGAUCUUGGGGAUGAUUCCUGGUUUUGGCACAGAUUUUAUGAGCAAAGGAAAUGAGCAGGAGUCAAUGGCAAGGCUAAAGAAGCUGAUGACGAUAAUGGACAGUAUGAAUGAUCAAGGUGGUGAUAUGUCAAAGAAUGUGAGUCAGUCACAGAUGGCAAAAUUAAAUCAACAAAUGGCCAAAAUGAUGGACCCACGAGUUCUUCAUCACAUGGGUGGCAUGGCCGGCCUUCAGUCGAUGAUGCGGCAGUUUCAGCAGGGUGCUGCUGGCAAUAUGAAAGGCAUGAUGGGAUUCAAUAACAUGUAAAGAAGCCGCCUUACUAGAGACGGACAUGGCUGAUUAUGUUAUCCGCUGAGACCUCACAGUUUCUCUCCCACUUGCAGACGGGGAAGAAGAAUUUCUUGCCUGUCUUGCCUUCAUUCUUCUGUCUCACCUUUUCCUUGUCUUCCUUCCCUUCUCAUGUUUGGGAGGAGUGACUGAUUCUUGUGGAAGUCAUCAUUUCUGCUUUAAAUCUAUUAGUUCUCAACGUCAUAACACUUCUUAAGUUAAACAAAUCAUGAUGUAAAAUUUUAGUACUUAAAGGUUUUUAAUUGUCUCAAAGGCCAAGCAUUACAUUUAUAAACAGUUGCGAUCAGUAAAUUACAUGAUAUUGAAGAAAAGUGCUACAAAAUAAACUUCAAGUGAUAAGUUAAAGGGUUCGUUAACUUUCUUUAUGGUUUGAUGUGGUCAGCGUACCACCCAGAAAAUAGACAAAAAGCCAGCAGGUACAUUUAAAGGGAGAUAUGGUAGAAUAAUUUAAUCAUGAGUAUUAGAAAAUGUUAUUUAUUUUAGAAUAAAAUAACUUUAUUACAAGAAACUUUAGCUUUGCCAUUUAAAGUUGAAAUCAAGACUUUGGUUACAAUUCAUAAUGUAUGAUAUUUUAUAUGAAACUUAAAUUUCUUACAUGCUUUGGAGACUCGUGAUCCUUGAUUGUUUUUAAAGCCAUUUUUAUGUUUCUUACAUACAAUUGAAAAGUGAUGUGUUUUGAUAAUAGAUAAUACAUACAUUUGCUAAUGGAAAGUAAUAUUAAAUUAUUAGACUACAGUAUUACAUAUUAAAAAUAAUAAGACCAUGGCAACAUUGGUUGGGUUAUUGAUAACUAUUGCUGCCUAUGUCUGUCCUGGGAUCUCAGAUAAGUAAGCUUCAAUUCCAGCAAAGCAAGCGUUAGCACUUGUGCCAUAACACAUGUGUGAAGGUCAGAGAACAACCCAUUUUUUUUCUAUUUUCUUUCUUUUUUGGUGUUUUUUGUUUGUUUGGUUGGUUGGUUUUUGUUUUGUUUUGUUUCUUUGAGUCAUGGUCUCAUUAUAGCUCUGGUUACUUUUGGAGCUCACUAUGUAGAACAGGCCGGCUUCAAACUCACAGAGCUUUGCCUUCCUCUGUCUCCUGAGUGUGUGAUUAAAGGCACAAGUGACUAUGUUGGGUUUCAGAGGACAACUGGCAGAAGUCAGUUCUCACUCCACCAUGUGGGUAUAGGGAUUAAACUCAGCUCAGUCACACUUGGCACCAAGUGCCUUUACCCAUAGAGCCAUGUCACUGGCCACAGUGACAGAGAGAGAGAGAGAGAGAGAGAGAGAGGUGGGGGUGGGGGGGUUGAGUGCAUUCUCCUCCAUGCUAGUGUACACAUUGUUGGAAGUCAAGACAACCUCAGGCGCUAGUCCUUGCCUUCUCCAUUGUUUAAACAGGGUCUCUUGUUUGGGGCGUUCCAUGUAGCCAGGCUAGCUGGCCUCCAAGCUCUUGGGAUCCUCUGGUUUUCGCCUCCCAUCUUGCUGUGGAAGCACUGGGGCUACAUUGCUACCAUGUCUGACUUUUGUUGGUUUUGGGAAAAUGGCCUGGAACCCAUGACAAAUCUCUUGCUUUAGCCUCCUAAAGGCAGGAAUUUUAGUAAAUUUACCAUUCUUAGAGAAGUAUCCUCAUAAAGAAUGCAGUUGAGUUGGGCAUGGUAGCACUUAGCAAAUUCCACUAUUUAAAUAGAGGCUGAGGCAGGAAGAUCAUGAUUUGGAAGCCAGCCUACGUUAGGUUGGCCCUGUCUUAAAAACAUAAAAUGCAACAAAAUGCAUCUGGUUCUGUGGUUUGCUAAGGGACAGAUGUUUUAGCUAAGAAUUGUUAGCAGAGGAGUAGGAUUUCCCUAGUGGGCAUUGUAUGAAUCCACGAGAAAAUUACAUAUUUUAUGUCCUGCAAAAGUGGCAUAGCAAGGUAUAGCUAUAGAAUCUGAAACUAGAGAAAAUGGCAAUUAAACUGCACAGCACCUUUUCUGGGUAUGCGUGUUAGUGAUUUCUGUUUUCUGGAUAUUUUGUUCUGACUAAAUAAAGAUAAAUGAGAUGAA